CACCCCUCCCUCUUAGGUAGGUGUGGUUGGUAUAAAGCAUGCUGUCGCAGUGAGCUUGCUUUACUUUGCAUUUCUGGAUGAAGGAGAAGACAAAAUGCCAUUACACAAAGUGUCUGAGAGGCUGAACUUGGUUCUUUGUGGGAGUGAUGGAGCAGUGAAAGCCUCCAUAUCAGAUUUCAUACUGGGUCAGAGAGAGCUCAGUACAGAGUCCAGGUCAGUGUGUGUGAGGAGGGAGGGAGAAGUGUGUGGACGUCUGGUCACUCUGGUGGAGAUGCCGGCUCUCUACAACACUCAGCUCUCAGAGGAGGAAGUGAUGCAGGAGACUUUCCGUUGUGUCUCUCUCUGUGAUCCUGGAGUUCAUGCUUUUCUCCUCCUCAUUCCUGAAGGACGCCUCACUGAUGAAGACAAAGAAGAAACUGAGAAGAUCCAGAAAAUCUUUGGAUCUACAUUCAACAACUACACUGUAUUCCUCAUCAAUACAGUCAAGUCUCAGCAGAAGACAGCAAAGUUUGAUGAUGCCUUUAAAAAUAUUAUUGAAACCUACAAACGACAAGUUUAUGUUUUAGAUACCAGUGAUAAUUCAGUGCUUUUACAGCAGGUUGAGCAGGUGGUGGUACAAAACAAUGGAAGCUUCUACACAACAGCCAUGUAUCUGGAUGCACAGAUGAAAACACAGCUGAAAUAUAAGGCUGAGAUCAAAGAACUGAAUAAUACAAUCAGUUAUCUGAGAAAGGAAACUAAAAUUCAGAAAGAAGAAUUUUAUCCAGGUAGAGGAGAUCUAAGACUUGUGCUGCUGGGAAAGACUGGAGUGGGGAAAAGUGCAGCGGGAAACACCAUCCUGGGGAAAAAAAAAACUUUCAAAGAGUUACUUUGCGCUAAAUCAGUUACCAGUGUGUGUCAGAAAAAAUCAGCUGACAUCAGAGGGAGAAGGAUCUCUGUGAUUGACACUCCAGGACUGUUUGACACAAAUAUUUCUAAUGUGGAGAUCAUGAAGGAAAUUGCUAAGUGCGUCACGAUGGCAGCUCCAGGUCCACACGUCUUUCUGCUGGUUCUUGCACUGGGACGCUUCACAGGAGAGGAACAAGAAGCAGUGAAGAUGAUCCAAGAACGGUUCGGUGAUGAAUCCAGAAAAUACACCAUGGUGUUGUUCACCAGAGGAGAUGAUCUACAGGAAAUGGAAAUGAGCAUUGAGGAUUUUAUUGAAACUUCUGAGCGCAGCUUACAAAACAUCAUUCACAAGUGUGAUAACAGAUACCAUGUGUUCAACAACAGAAAUACUGAAGACCGCAGUCAGGUCACUGAUCUACUGGAGAAGAUCGACUCCAUGAUGGUAGUGAAUGGAGGAAGCUGCUACACCAAUGAGAUGUUCCAGCAGACAGAGAAAGCUCUACAAGAAGAACAGGAGAGAAUACUGAAGGAGAAAGAAAAGAAAUUGGAACAAGAGAAAGAAAAACUGAAAGCCAAAUAUGAAGUUGAAAUUGAAGAUAUGAAGAGGGCCAUUGAGGCAGAAAAGCAAAAUCUAGAAAAACAGAAAAGAGAAAAGGAGAAAGAGUUUAAAGAGAAAGAAGCACAAAUUAAGAAGGAAACUAAUGAGAAACUUAAACAAGAGUUGGAGAGAGAACUUAAAGCACAGAGGGAGAAUUUCAGUAAGGACAUGGAAUUGAAAGACAAGAUGCAUAAAAUACAGGCGCAGAAAGACCUGGAAAAUGAAAAAGAAAAGUAUGAAAGGGAAAAAGAACAGAUAAGGAAGGAUGCAGAGGACAAGGCAAGAAUGCAAGCAGAAAAGAAUGCAUGUGAUAAACUGGAUUCAUGUGCAGGGAGACUAGCACAAGACUGGAACAAAAAAAUUCCUGUUUUGGGAGGAGUAGCAGGAGGAUUCUAUGGAGGCAUAAUGGAUUUAUUUUUUUAAAAAUAGUGAAUUUAUCUAUUUUAAGAUGCACACAUUGCUGUCUCAGUUCAGUUACACACACAGCUUGUUUGAUAAUCAUAGAAAAUUAUUGACAAUUGUAUAGGUAUUAAAAAGCAAUUACAACAGUCAAGUCCCACGUCAGUACAAGCAAGUAUAAUGUCAAGUUUUAAACAUUGUUCUCUAAAC